CACACGCCUCGAAGCCUCGGCACAUCACGUAACAUCACUACCUUUGACACUCUGGACCCGCUGAUUAGAUCCUGGCAGUUUUCCUGGUUUCAGAACCUCCCUCGUGACGCCGUGGAAAGUACCCACUGGUUGCCCGAGUUCCCAGACUCACCUCUCCGUUGUUUACAAGUAUCUCCUGGAUCCCACGGCUGGCGGUCGAACCACUCCUCUGUGUCUCCGUUGCACCGGAGCCCACCUGUCCGUCCUCCGCCGCACUCCUCCGUUGUUCCUGGACCCACUAAGAGACCGAGACCCUGGACAUACUCAGUUACCUUCCAAGAUUCAGAUCCAACCACCACAAUGAACCACUGCUGCCCGUUACCGUUGAUUCCCUGGACCAGACCACCUUGACACUUUCUGAUAAUUGUCAAAACAAGAUGAACAUCUCCAAUGACUCCACUACUCCUCCCUAUGAAUAUGACUAUUAUUACGACCAUUCUGGUUAUGAACCGUGUUCUUUCAGUAACAACAAAAGUUUGAACGUUGUGGUUGGUCCUUACAUUCACUCCAUCAUCUGCAUCCUGGGCUUGGUGGGGAACAGCCUGGUCAUCCUCACCUAUGCCCUCUACAAGAGAACCAAAUCCAUGACUGACGUCUACCUGCUCAAUGUGGCCAUCGCUGACCUGCUGUUCGUGCUGGCUCUACCUUUCAUCGUCUACAACGAGCUGUACUCUUGGCCGAUGGGGCAGGUGGCCUGUAAGCUGCUGCGUGGUUCCUACAGCGUCAACCUGUACAGCGGCAUGCUAAUGUUAGCCUGCGUCAGCACCGACCGCUACAUCGCCAUCGUCCAGGCUCGCCGGAGCUUCGGGUUACGCUCGAUGUCAAGAAGCCACAUUGUCUGUUUCCUGAUCUGGAUCUUUGCCUUACUGGUGUCUGUUCCCACUUUCCAUUUCCACCAUUGGUACGAACCAUCACAUAAUAAGAUCACCUGGCUCAACAGCAAUGAACAGGAAGAGACAACAGAUCCACAGUACGUCUGUGAGUGGAAAUUUGAUGACAGCAACACUGCUAGCAAAGUGAAGGUUACUGUUCCCAGCACGCAACUGGCCAUUGGCUUCUUCCUGCCGCUGCUCAUCAUGAUCUUCUGCUACACUUCAGUCAUCAUCACAUUGCAGAAAGCUAAAAACUACAAGCGACACAAAGCGGUCCGAGUGGUGAUGGUGGUGGCGUUGGUCUUCAUCGUCUGCCACUUGCCUUACAACCUGGCCUUGUUGUAUAAGACAGUCAAUUUGUUCAAACACAGCGAUUGUGACGAGGAGGACUCGCUGCGUACGGCGAUGUCUGUGCUGCAGAUGGUCGCCUACCUGCACUGCUGUCUGAACCCGCUGCUGUACGCCUUCAUCGGAGUGAACUUCAGGAACCACUUCAGGAGGAUCUUCCAGAACUUGUGCUGUUUGGGUCAGAGGUACAUCGCCCCUCGCCGGAUCACCUCAGAUAUCUGCAUGUCCACAGUUCACCAUUCAGUGGAUGGUUCUGCUGAAAACUGUUCAUCUUUAAUCAUGUGAAGAUGUUGAUCUCAGAAGAUCUGAUUGAGACAUUCAGGUUUUUAAUGUUGUGAUCUCUGUUUUUCUGUUUAUUUUGAGUUUCUUUGUCUUCUGAGUCUCCGUGUUGUCCUGUCUUCCCCUUGAUUGUUCCCAGGUGUGUCUCGUUCCCUGAUUUCCUCCUGUGUAUUUAAUGUCACCAGUGUCUUUGCUUCUCUGUCGGGUCCUUGUCGUAUGUGUGAGCUGUCCGCACUGUGUCCAUUCGGUUCUCCAGUUGCCUGGCUGUUUGGACUCAAUUUGGAUUGUGCUUCGGACUGUUUUUCGAGUUGUUUUCACCAUUAAAUCAUCUUCAUUCAUUGUACCUGGGUCUGCUGAGUCUGCCUCACCACCUCAUCCACCACUUCAUGACAUUUUAAUAUUCAAACUGGACUUUUACCACCAGCAUGAUGAUUUCGAAAGAAAAAAAAACAUGACAAUAUCCAUAAGUUUUGUUAUGUUGAGCUGAUUGUUGCUCAUUCUCCAUAAGAAUACUGGCUACUGUUGACAAUACAGUACUGUGUAUUGUAUGAUUGUAUAAGACGGUCCAUUUGUUCAAACACAUCGAUUGUGACGAGGAGGACUCUCUGCACAUGGCGAUGUCUGUGCUGCAGACCAUCACCUAUAGGCAUAAUUAUGACUCUAGGUACCAGUACUUAAAAUUUUACUGAAAACCAGCUGAAAAAAAUGUUUUUUGUCUAAAAGAGUUGAGAAGUUGUUAAGGGGAAAGAAAAAUAGAUUUCCAGACAGACGACUCUGUAAAUGUUUACAUUCAGUUGAUCAGAUGGAAAAACCAACCUGACUUACAACGUCUCUGUUAUGGAUACAUUUGGACAGGAUAUGAAGAAAUAAGAUGUUUUAUUUGAAAGAUGUUUUUCUGGGCUGACUAAAAUAACCGUAAGAUAUUUCUGAUGCCCAGUUGAAAAGAUUGUUACGUUGCAGUAAGAAGAUCCUGAUUUGAAUCCCAGGCUGGAAUUUUUCUGCGUGGAGUUUAUGUUCCAGCUACCUGAGUGUAUGGGUUGUGGGGGUGUGCAUGUGUGUGUGUGGGUGUGUGUGCGUUGGUACAUGUGAUUUAGCAGGACAUUUUGUCAGAAUACACACAACACUAGAAGGACAUUUUGAAUUAACAGGACAGAAGAGGUGUCCUGCUAAUUUUGACAAAAAUCUAAAAACGUAGAAAGGUUUCUAUUGGUCCAUUAACCCCAAAAAUGCAAAAAAAAAAAGUCUGUUUAAUACACAUAAACCUGAUUUUGCAUGUGUGUGUGUGAGGGUGGGUGUGGGCGUGCGUGUACAUGGUGGUUUAUCCUGUCUGUCUCUGGAUUUCCCUCUGAUGGACUGAUGACUUUUCCUUUAAUGCGGCUAAGUAUAGUCAUAUCGUCAUUGUACUUAAUGAAAAUAUUGUUUCCUUGUGUAAAAGUACAGUUUUGUGUGUAUGAUGUGAAGAGUUUAAGACUGAGGCUACAGCCCUGUGCUGCCUGUGAGCUCAGCAGAAAUCUUCUUCCCGUCACAACCUGUGGUCUCUGAGAGGAAGUCCAAAAUCCAGUUUCAGAUGGAGGUUGGUGUUCCCAGUUCUCCUUAAACUUAUGUUUACUUAAAGCUGCAAAACAUACAAUGCACAUUAUGCAGGAAAAAAAACCCCAGCAUACACCAUUAUUUGAACACUUAUCUUUCUUCAGAAAUGAGUGCAAAUGUUUUGUGUAGAGACGGUGCAGUGAGGAGCCCUCUAGUGUUCAGGUGAGGUAUGGACAUUUUUUAAAAUCACAUUUGACAAAAAACAGACACUCAGAAAACCUCAGAGGUAAAAACUGUUUCUAACAAGACAAAGAUACAGAUUUAGUGAACUGUUUGGAAUAUAGACCAUAAAAUAUGCAAAUAGUUACAUGAAUGUAAAAAUAAAACUCAGUGUGUCAGAGGGGAACAUAGAAAUUGUUUGUGUACAUUUUAUAGGUUUUAUGUUUCUUACAUAUUUCUCUUUUAGUGUAAAGGAAUUUGGCUUUCAUUGUGGUUUUGAA